AUGAGCGAGUCCCGCAGAGUCUGGUCCAACCACGGCCUCGGUUGGCAGAAGACGCUGGAGCAAGCGAGUCGCGGUUGUGCCUCGAAAAGUGGCCCAAUUGUCCGUUCUCGCGGCUCGUCGAAACCAGUCGCCGUCCUGACCCUCGGAUUGUUGCCACCGCGACUGCGCCGCUCUCGACGACACGACCGCCGGUGGCCGAGCCCACACAGACACACACACCCACCGCCACACCGUCACACCCUCAAGCACACACACACACACACACACACAAGCCUGGCGAGUGUGCUGAGGCGGCAAUCGCCAGACCGGCAUGUGCGAGAGGUGCGCAUGUGGCUUGGCCCACUCCCAUUCGCCCAUUCGCCCAAUCCCUACUCCCCACUUCCCACUCGCCACUCGCCACUCCGCACUCCGCACUCCACACUCCCCAGUUCCCAUUUGCCAACACAGACUCUCUCUCUCUCUUCGUGGGGAGGGCAGGCCGAGACGACGUCGGCCGGUGGAUCAGGUCUGGACUGGGCCAGCAAACGAAGCAGAAGAGACAGACCCUUCGGACGACCGACCAACACCCGCCAAGCUCUCGGAACCGGUGACCAGUCGACUCUUCGGCUCUCUCGCCGCGCU